GACAGGAAGAAGGCGAACGUUAGCUAGAUGAGGAAGCUAACCUGGGCUGUAAACAAAAUAAACAAGUAGCCUCUUCAGGGACAUUUACCGUGGCUAGUCGGUCGUAAAUAACUAGCUUGUCUGAACAGUGAAUUUUUUUUCCACUUUUUUGACUUAUUUGGAGAAAUAAUAUGUUCACUGUUGACAUAAUAGCUAUUUAUGCAAGACUAAUCACCGAUUUUAUCUACCCAGGAGCUGUUGAGGGAGGAAACAUGAGUCGAAGUGUCAGAAACGCCUGUCUCAAAAAGAUGAUUGUUGACGGAGUCUGUGGAGGCACCUGUGAGUGGGAAGGUCGAUGGAAUCACGUCAAAAAGUUCCUCGAGCGAUCAGGGCCGUUCACGCAUCCCGACUUUGAGCCCAGCGCAGAGUGCUUGCAGUUUUUGAUAGACACCUGUAAAAUCCUGGUCAUCGGUGCUGGUGGGCUUGGAUGUGAGCUGCUGAAAGACCUGGCUUUAUCAGGUUUCCAGAACAUCGAUGUAGUUGACAUGGACACGAUAGAUGUUUCCAACCUGAAUCGUCAGUUCCUUUUCAGAUCAAAAGACGUAGGCCGGCCCAAGGCAGAUGUUGCAGCGGAUUUUAUCAACAACCGGAUACCAGGGUGCCACGUAGUACCGCAUUUUAAGAAAAUUCAAGACUUAGAUGAAACGUUCUACAGACAAUUCCACAUUAUCGUCUGUGGGCUCGACUCCAUCGUUGCCAGGAGGUGGAUGAAUGGCAUGCUGCUAUCUUUGCUCGUGUAUGAGGAUGGCGUAGUGGAUCAGACCUCAGUUAUCCCACUUGUUGAUGGCGGGACCGAAGGCUUUAAAGGCAACGCCAGGGUCAUUCUCCCAGGCUUGACAGCCUGCGUUGACUGCACACUUGAACUUUAUCCUCCCCAGAUCAACUUCCCUAUGUGCACAAUAGCGGCAAUGCCUCGUUUGCCGGAACAUUGCGUCGAAUAUGUACGGAUACUGCAGUGGCCGAAGGAGAUGCCUUUUGGAGACGGCGUAGCCUUGGACGGAGAUGACCCAGAGCACAUCCAGUGGGUGUUCCAGAGAUCUCUGGAGAGGUCAGCAGAGUUCAGCAUAACAGGAGUCACUUACAGGCUUACACAGGGUGUUGUCAAACGGAUCAUUCCAGCUGUAGCUUCUACAAAUGCUGUCAUUGCUGCUGCUUGUGCAACAGAAGUUUUCAAGUUAGCAACCAGCGCCUACGUACCUCUUAGCAAUUACAUGGUAUUCAAUGACGUGGACGGCUUAUACACUUACACUUUUGAGGCGGAACGGAAGGAAAACUGCUCAGCCUGCAGCCAGAUACCUCAGGAUCUGCGCUUUACUCCUUCUUCCACCCUCCAGGAGGUUCUGAACUAUCUGACUGAGAGCACCUCCCUGCAAAUGAAAUCACCUGCUGUAACAGCAACUGUUGAAGGAAAGUGCAAAACUUUAUAUCUACAGUCGGUUGCUUCAAUCGAACAACGGACACGGCCAAACCUUUCCAAAAGCUUGAGAGAGCUGGGCCUGACGGACGGACAAGAACUGGCCGUGGCCGACGUCACCACACCCCAAACCAUGUUGUUCCGACUCUGCUUUACCUCAUAAAACUUCUUCAAGCACUUUGACUACCAGAACUGUUUACUGCAUUUUCAAUCAGGUUCUACUUAGAUGUGACCAGUUCCACUGGUAAAGUGUACGUGUUGACAGACGUGAACGUUUUGCACUGAAAAGCCAAAUUGUAGUCCACAUCUUGUCAUGUUUUAGUGAUGAUCUACAAAUCUUAAGGUUUUUGUGUUAGUAUUUUACGCUCGGUACCUUGUAAUUUGUACAAACUGUACUCUUUAUAAGAAUAUUUUCUGUUCAUUCUCAUUCUGAUUUUACUUAUUUAUUAAAGUUUUUUUUAGUCGGCGUUGCCACUGAAGCUGUGUGGAGGGUGUUUGAACUGGAAUUAAAAUGUUUUUCUUAUU